AUGACGGUUUUCGGAACUCUAUACUCUUACCCACGCAACCCGCGGGCGAUGAAGAUCCAAGCAGUUGCUGCAUUCAAUGAUCUUACCGUGGACCUUGAUCCUAAUUUCGUGAUGUUCAAAACCAAUCGAUCAGCCGAAUUCCUUGAACAGUUUCCUCUAGGAAAGGUUCCUACUUUCAUCGGUGCUGAUAACCUGGCACUCUUUGAAUCGGACGCUAUUGCGCAGUAUGUUGCUGAAAGUGGACCAGCCGGAACCAAGUUACUGGGUGCCACAGCGAGACAACGAGCUGUGAUCAGUCAAUGGGUGCAUUUCGCUGACCACGAAWUUUUCGAGCCAUUAACAACCUUAAUCAUGUGGCGGUAUGGUAUGGGUGCAUUCGACCGUGUUCUUGAAGACCAAGCUCUUCAGCGCUUGGAGAAAUCUUUGUCAAUUCUGGAAAAACACCUUUCGACUUCUCAACAUGUUGGCUCGGAAAGCACUACUCUGGCAGAUAUUUCGGUGGCUGCAGCUUUGUAUUGGGGAUUCGAUCAGAUCAUCGACCGACAGAUGAGAGCUAGAUAUCCAGCGGUUGUCGAAUGGUAUCAACGGACCCUCGGCCAUGAGAAGAUCAGAUCUGCUUUUGGGGAAAUAAAACUCAUUGAGGAGCGUAGAGCAUCACCGGAGAAAGCCAAUUGA